AUGGAGGCAGCCGGGGCGAAGAAGAAGAUGCUGGCCACCCUGGUGGGCUGCAACUACGCCGGCACAGAGUACGAGCUGCAGGGCUGCAUCAACGACGUCCACGCCAUGCGCGCCGUCCUCCUCGACCGCUUCGGCUUCGCGCCGGGCGACGUCACCGUGCUCACCGACGACGACCGCGGCGGCGGCGUGCUCCCGACCGGCGCCGGCGUCAGGCGCGCGCUGUCAGACAUGGUGGCGCGCGCGGCGCCCGGGGACGUGCUCUUCUUCCACUUCAGCGGCCACGGCACGCUCGUCCCGCCGGUCAGCGGCAGGCCACGCCGCGGCCAUGGUGGCCGCGACGACGAGGCCAUCGUGCCCUGCGACUUCAACCUCAUCACAGACGUGGACUUCCGGGAGCUGGUGGACCGCGUGCCGCGGGGCGCCACCUUCACCAUGGUGUCCGACUCGUGCCACAGCGGCGGCCUCAUCGACCAGGAGAAGGAGCAGAUCGUCCCCACCGCCGCCGCUGACCCCGACCUCCACGCCCACGCCAUCCACGCCGGCCGGUUCCUCCCGUACGCCGCGGUGCUCGGCCACCUGUCCGGCGCGUCGGGUGUGGGCGCGUCGCACCACGUCGCCGACCACCUGCUCGCUCUCUUCGGCGCCGACGCAAGCGCCAAGUUCCUCCACCGCCGCAACCACGACGGCAACAGCAGCGGCGCCGCGCGCCCUGACGACGCCGGGAUCCUGCUGAGCGGGUGCCAGACGGACGAGACGUCGGUGGACGUGGCGGGGGACGACGACGCAGCGAUCGACAGCAGGGCGUGCGGGGCGUUCAGCGCCGCGCUGCAGGCCGUGCUGGCGGCACACCCGGCGCCGAUGAGCAACCGGGAGGUGGUGCGCCGCGCCAGGGAGGUGCUCGGUGAGCAGGGGUUCCAGCAGCACCCCUGCCUCUACUGCAGCGACGCCAACGCUGACGCGCCCUUCCUGGGGCAGCAGGACACCAAGGCCAAGAGCAACUGA